AAACUAAAAAGAAUAAAAAUGAGGAACAAGAAACAAAGAGAAAACAAGAUCCACCUCGAACCUCACUCCUCCUCACCCUCCUCCGUCCUCUUCCUAAGCGCAUCGAUCAUCAAGCAUCAAUCAUCGAUCAUCAAGCAUCAAUCAUCAAUCAUCAAUCAUCAAUCAAUCCCUCACUCUCUCAAUCAGCUUACAACAAUUCCAUCACCUUCAGUCUCCUCUAGUAGACACUAGCAAAGUAGCAAAACUGAGCUGCUGUGUGAGUCCGUCUCUUUUGGGUCCGAGGAGGAGGAUGAAUCUCUUACAUGCCAUCUGACUCUGUCUCUGUGUUUUGAUUUGUCGGGAUCCGAUCAAUCAACUGAAUUGAAUUGAGUAAUGAGGGAAGAUGAUGAGUCCAAUUGGUUCUCCAGAUGGGAGGAAGAGCUGCCUACUCCCGACGAACUCAUGCCCUUAUCCCAAACCCUAAUCACUCCUGAUCUUGCCCUCGCCUUUGACAUCUCCCACCAACACCCUCCUCCUCCCCAUUCCCAAUCCCAACCCCAACCUCAACCCCCCCACACACCCCCUCCCCCGCCUCCUCCUCCCAAUUCCCUCCCUCCCGCUACCCCCACCCACCCCAACUCCUCCGCCGACUUCGCCGACUCCGCUGACUUGGGCUCCGGUGCCGCCGGCGAUGAGCCCGCCCGCACCCUCAAGCGCCCCCGCCUCGUCUGGACCCCCCAGCUCCACAAGCGCUUCGUCGACGCCGUCGCCCACCUCGGCAUCAAGAACGCCGUCCCCAAGACCAUAAUGCAGCUCAUGAGUGUCGACGGCCUCACCCGCGAGAAUGUUGCCAGCCAUCUGCAGAAGUACCGUCUUUAUCUCAAGCGGAUGCAGGGCUUGUCUGGAGGUUCUGCUGGGGGUGCCGGCGCGGGUGCCGCUGGCUUGGCCGCCUCUGCCGAUCCCGCCACUGACCAUUUGUUCGCCAGCUCCCCAGUUCCAGCUCAUUUCCUGCACUCGCACCCUGGGGGGCGGCCCAAUUCCGAGCAUUUCUUGCCGUUUGUGCCGGUGGCUCUGCAGCAGCACCACCAUCACCAGCAGCAGCAGCAGCAGAUUGCAGCGGCAGUGGCAGCCCAUCCGCAGUAUCACAGGCAGGUGGGGCAUUUUGGGUCGCCACCAAAUGGGCAAUUCGAGCACCCAUUCUUGGCGAGGCAGUCUUCACAGCCGGUUCAUAGGAUGGGGGCACCGCUGCACAAUUCAGUGCCAGGCUAUGUAGAGGACUUGGAAUCAGCGAAUGCAACUGGUGGCAGGAAAGUUCUUACUCUAUUUCCAAUUGGGGAUGAUUGAAUUAGGGAAUCAACUGGGGUUUCUUUCAAGUCAGAGUUUUCGUGCUGUCGAGGUUUUCUCAUUGGUAUGGCUGGUAGCCUGGUAGGAUUGGAGGAAGCAACAGUUAACUAAUUUUGAGCUUGCAAUGAGGAUAAAUAAUGCUAUCAAAAGUGCUCCUUGGCUUCUCUAGAUAUCUAAAGAUGCAGUUGGUAAUUGUGUUUGGACGUAUUUGGCACCGCUUUUCUUGGCUUUUGGGAGUUGUGCCGUGUAUCUCUUAGUUUAGUAUCAUAUAGGGGCAAGUUUUACUUGUUGUACAUUGUGUAAGUUUGUGGACAACUUAAACCCCCUGAUGCUAGGGGUCUGCUGAAACAAUUCUGAUUUUAUUAGAAGGUUAUCUUAAUGCUUCUUGAUCUUUUAUUUU